GGUUCGCUGUGGUUCGCUUCGACCCGCCGACGGACGCUUUAGUUUGGCUGCAACACCUUGCUGAGAACAGACCGAUUCGAAGCGAACUCGAAGCUGAAAGCGAGCAAACCAAACAAACCAAGCCAAACAAUCCGAAGAAAUCGCGUCGUGAGGUGUGUGUAGAAGCGGUUAAAUAACGCGGCGAUCUUAACUGUUGUUCUUUUUUUUCGGUGCUGGUGUGUUCCUCUUGCAUUGGUCAUUUAUUUUUUUUUUCUGCAAAGUGUUACUGUGUGUCUCGCGCUGGUUGUUUGUUUUCUUUUUGUCGUGGGAAAUGCGCGCGCGCAUUUAAGAAGUGGCUGGAAAACUCCAAACGCAGCUGCCAUCUAUGCAUCUUGAACCGACAACAAUAACAACAAGAGAUACAGAACAAGGAGCCAAAAACGUAAAAGAAGAAGCAGCAGUCAACUUGCAACACAAUCGUUGUUGCUUUUUGGCCCCUGAUCUUGGCGGCCCCAAUCCCUUUGGCAGGCGUCGGAAGGAGCCGCUCGGCAGCGGCAGCUGCGGCGGCGCCGCAUGGACCAUGCCGUGAAGGCGACGCGCGGCCGCCCGCUGAACACGCUGCGCUUCGAGAACGAUGAGCUGGAAUGCCUCUACCAGCGGUACACGCUCAAGCUGCAGCGCUUCUCGGUGCUGGGCGUGGUGGCCCUGGUCUUCGUCCUCUGCGGCGUGAUGGCGGCCCUGUCGCUGACCUUCAACAACGCGGCCACCUUUCACAACAUCUUCAAUGCGAUCGUUUGCGGACUGUUCGCCGUGGUGCUGGUGCUGCUGCAGUGCUCCGUGAUCAAGGACCACCACCUGCCCACAUUGUGCUACGGAAUCCUGCUAUUCACGGCCAGCAUCUGCGUGGUGUCGAUGCCCACGCUGGGCAGCGUGUUCCCGGUGGACACCAAGGAGGUGAUGGCCGAGGGCGUCUGGCAGAUCGUGUUUGUGGUCUUCCUGGCCUACGCCAUGAUGCCGCUGCAGAUCUGGGAGGCGGUGGCCUUUGGCAUCGCCCUGCCCUCGGUGCACAUAAGCCUGACGGUCUACAAGAUAUUCACGGAUGCGCUGCGCUAUCUGGAGUAUAAUCAGCUGAUUGCCAACAUUGUCAUCUUCAUUGGUGUGAAUGUGGCCGGUCUGGUGGUGAACAUCAUGAUGGAGCGAGCUCAGCGACGCACUUUCCUCGAUACGCGCAACUGCAUCGCAUCGCGGCUGGAGAUCCAGGAUGAGAACGAGAAGCUGGAGCGUCUGUUGCUAUCGGUGCUGCCGCAGCACGUGGCCAUGCAGAUGAAGAACGACAUCCUGUCGCCGGUGGCUGGGCAGUUCCAUCGCAUCUACAUCCAGAAGCACGAGAACGUGAGCAUCCUGUUCGCGGACAUCGUCGGAUUCACGGUGCUCUCCUCGCAGUGCAGUGCCCAGGAGCUGGUCCGCCUGCUCAACGAACUCUUUGGCCGCUUCGAUCAGCUGGCACAUGACAACCACUGUUUGCGUAUUAAGAUCCUGGGCGACUGCUACUAUUGUGUCUCCGGUUUGCCAGAACCUCGCAAGGAUCACGCCAAAUGCGCCGUGGAAAUGGGACUCGAUAUGAUCGAUGCCAUUGCCACCGUGGUGGAGGCCACCGACGUCAUCCUGAACAUGCGCGUGGGCAUCCAUACGGGUCGUGUGCUCUGCGGGGUGUUGGGCCUCCGCAAGUGGCAGUUCGACGUGUGGUCGAACGAUGUGACCCUGGCCAACCACAUGGAGUCCGGCGGCGAACCGGGUAGGGUGCACGUGACCCGUGCCACACUGGACUCCUUGUCCGGCGAAUAUGAGGUGGAGGCUGGUCACGGCGACGAACGCUCCUCGUAUCUACGCGACCAUGGUGUGGACACGUUCUUCAUCGUACCGCCACCACAUCGACGCAAGCCACUGAUGCUCAACACGCUGGGCGUUCGCUCGGCAAUCGGCAGUCGACGAAAGUUGUCGUUCAGGAACGUGUCCAACGUGGUCAUGCAGCUGCUGCACACGAUCAAGUUCUCGGAACCGGUGCCGUUCUCCAACAUAGCCACCGGUUCGUUCCCCUCGGCGGCCAGCGCCUUGGGCGGCGGUGUUGCGGUUGGCGGUGGAGGAGGAGGUGGGGGAGCAGGAGGAGGAGGAGGAGGCGUGGCACGGGGUAGCACCUGCGAGGCGAACUCUGGAAGCGUCCAGGUGUCGGAGAAGGGAUCGCGCAAGGUGAUACGUCUGCAAAAGAUCUUGCAUGCAACACCGCCACCGCACGGCAUGGGCUAUGGCAGCGUCGUCGGCAGCGGCGGCGGUGUGGACAGCGGUAUUUCCGGUGGUGGUGGCUGUGUUUCCGGUGGUAUUGCCGGUGGGGGCGGUGUUCAAGUGACCGUAGGCACAAAUCCCAACUCUACAGCGAGUACGAUUAGUCGCAUUCAUAGGCACAAUCACAAGACCAAUAAAUCACAGUCGAAGGUGGCGGACAAGUUCAAGAGGCCAUUCCGGAAGCGUCACUCGGUGGCCGCCCAUCAUCAGCCCACCAAUCGGGUGAAUCGUUUCCUAUCCCAGGCGAUCAACGCCCGGUCGGUGGACUGCGACAAGUCGGAGCAUGUGGACCGGCUGACCCUGCGCUUCCGGCAGAGCGACAUGGAACGCGAGUAUCACAAGGACUUCGAUCUGGGCUUCACCACGGCCAUGGGCUGCUCCCUGCUGCUGCUCAUCCUGGGUGCAGCACUCCAGGUGACCGCUCUGCCGCGCACUCUCAUUCUGCUGCUGCUCUUUCUCUUUGCCUUCAUCUGGGUGAGCGCCAUCCUGAUGCUCCUGCUCGCCGUGCGACUCAAAUGGAUCAUCUGGGACAUCUCCGAGAGCUUCUCGCUGCGCAUGGCCAUCACUAUUUUUACGGUCAUACUCAUCUACUCCGUGGGACAAGUAAAUGUGUUUACGUGCGUAUCGGAUCAUCCAUGCUCGGGCAAUGGGACGACCUCAUUCCAGAACGACUCUCAUCGCAAGUGCUCGCUGCCCCAGUACGUGUCCCUGUCGGCUGCCUUUGCCUUCCUAUCCGUAUCGGUGUUCCUCAGGCUGCCCAUCAUAUUCAAAUCGCUGCUGGUGCUGGGCAUGGGCACCAUCUAUGGCCUGUUCAUAGAGCUAUCGCAUCAGAAUAUCUUCGAGUGCUACGACAACCGGGUCAACGCCUCGAUUCCACUUCAUUUGAUCUCGCUGGCCCGCAUUGCCAUCUUCAUGAUUGCCAUUCUGGUGCAUGGACGCCUGGUGGAGGGCACUGCCCGGCUGGACUUUCUCUGGCAGCUGCAGGCGUCGCAGGAGAAGAAGGAGAUGGACGUGCUGCAGGAGUCGAACAAGCGCAUUCUGCACAAUUUGCUGCCCGCUCAUGUGGCUGCACAUUUCCUCGAUGCGCAAUUCCGCAACAACAUGGAGCUCUACCAUCAGAGCUAUGCCAAAGUGGGCGUCAUCUUUGCAAGCGUUCCGAACUUCAACGAGUUUUACACCGAAAUGGAUGGCUCCGAUCAGGGUCUUGAGUGCCUACGUCUGCUCAACGAGAUCAUCGCGGACUUUGAUGAGCUGCUCAAGGAGGAUCGCUUCCGUGGCAUCGACAAGAUCAAGACAGUUGGCAGCACAUAUAUGGCCGUCGUGGGACUGAUACCCGAGUACAAAAUCCAGCCCAACGAUCCCAACUCAGUGCGGCGCCACAUGACAGCGCUCAUUGAGUACGUGAAGGCCAUGAGGCACUCACUUCAAGAGAUAAACAGUCACUCGUACAACAACUUUAUGCUGCGCGUGGGCAUCAACAUUGGACCUGUUGUGGCGGGCGUAAUUGGAGCUCGAAAGCCACAGUAUGACAUUUGGGGCAAUACGGUGAACGUGGCCAGUCGCAUGGACUCCACCGGAGUUCCUGGCUACUCGCAAGUAACUCAGGAGGUGGUCGACAGCCUGGUGGGCUCGCACUUUGAGUUCCGCUGUCGCGGCACCAUCAAGGUGAAGGGCAAAGGCGACAUGGUCACCUAUUUCUUGUGUGACAGCGGCAACAAAUCGCUGAACGGAGAGGUGCGCAACGCCAUGUCCCUGCCACAGAGUCUCCAUGCGCCGGACUACUAUAUGAAGGUGUCGCAGUUUCCGGAGAAUCGUGUAAACACUGACACCUACAGCAAAAAGGAGAACGGACAUCUGUACGCAGGCAAUGGCGGCGAGGAGCAGCAGUUGCUGCUGCAGCAUCAGCACAAACAGCUCGAUCCGCUGCCGCUUCCUGCUCCUCCGCCGCCGGUGCAUCAUCACUUGCACCAGCAGCAACAGCAGCGUUUGAACAGCAAGCUGCAGAAGCAACCCAUCUUCAUGGCCAACGGUGGUCUGCCCAAUAUCCGGGAGAAUGGCAAUGGGCACAAUGGAGAGCAUCAGCAGCAGCAGCAGCAGCAACAUCAGCAGCAGCACGGUGGCUUCAUGGUUGCAACGACGACACCGCCGGCUGCAGUGGCGGUUCCCCUUCAGCCCCAGCACCACCAACUCCAGUUCCAGCACCCGCACCAGCAUCCACUCCCGUCAGCAGUGGCGGUUCCAGUGCAGCACCAGAUCCUACUCCACCACCAGCUCCAGCUCCAGCACCAGCCCGUUCCUUCGGUAAUGUUGCGCGAGUUUAAUAUUAUUGAGAACCCGACCUCCGGUGGCCGGCAUCAGCAGAUGGAGCAGCUGCCGCCGCAUCACGGCAGCCUCGACCUAUCGGGAAUGGGCAUGGGAAUGGGUGUGGGGGCUGGCGUGCUCGGCGGCGACUGCUUCAUGAUGCCACGGCGAGAUCGCGAACGCACAUAUGUGCCGCCCCUAAACCAGCAUGGCCAUCAUCCACCGCAUCACCUCCAUUCGAAUCUGAAUCUGAAUCAGAGCCAGCACCCGCCAUCGUUCACCAGCCUGGGCUAUGGCCAAUGCCGGGAGAGCGAGCCGCUAUUGCAUGCCAGCAGCGUCGCGCCGGUAGCCAAGAUCAUGCCCAUGCAGCAUGCGCCAAAGUACGAGCCACCACGUUACACUUCUCCCCACACCAUGUUGUCGCAGCAGCACCAGCAUCAGCAGCAUCAGCAUCAGCAGCAUCAGCAGCAUCAGGCGCAGCAACCGCUUUCUGCGCAGGAUCAGCAGCCACAUCUCGCCCAGAACCCGCAUCCAUCGCAGCGACAGUACGCCAUGUAUUCGCAGCAGCCGCAGCUGCCGCCGAAGCCAGUGCUGAGAACGUACAUGAAGCCGCUGCCGAAGCUACCGACGGAUCUGGAGGAGAGCCGGGACAUGUCCUCGACGGACGACCUCAGCUCACGCCCACACUCGCCCUCGAUGAGCAGCUCGGAUGAGAGCUACUCAAAGACCACCGAGGGCGAGGGUGAAGGCGACGAGGACUCUCCGCGCAUGGUUAACGGUGGCCACCUGCACCAUCGCAAUGGCUACCACCUGCCCGCCGGCGGCGGUUUGGUCAAUCCAUUGCAAUGGCUCUACCCCUGCGACAUACAGGUGGAUCCCACCUCGCCGGUCGUCGACAUGGCCCAGCUGCAUGACUUUGAGCUGAGCUCCACCACCGAAAGUCAGGGACAUCAUACCAACAGCAACACGACGAGCAACACACAGCACAAGGGCGACAGCUGCAACAGCUUUGACUAUCAGAAGGCAGCAGUUGGCAUGGGAGCGGGUGCGGCCAUUGCCACCAAGUCGCCCUUCGAGCGUGAACUGCAGCGUCUGCUCAACGAAUCCUCGCGAGCUCGUUGCCUGACUACUGCGACAACUACGGCUGGAGCAAUUUCUACCACGGAUCAGACGGCCAGCAAUGGCAGCCGGGAGAUGAGCUACUCCCUGAGCAAUGGAAAGCUGAGCUCCGCGAAUGGACAUGGCGCUGGAGGUUCCGGAUCGGGAUCAGGUCCAGGAUCGGCGGUGGGCAAUGGCAGCGGUGGCAGCGGCAGCAGCAAUGGCAAUCUCAGCGGCGGCAGCGGCAGCAACUCGAACAGUGGCAACAACAACAGCAGUCACCACAAGACGGAGCAGCAGCAGCAGCAGCACGUGGAUCACGAGCAUCUGGCUGGGGGCAAACUGCUGGGCAGUAAUAGCUUCAUGAUCGCCAAACAUCCGGUGGGCUUGGAAGCCAUCAAGGAGAUAACGCGCAACAAGAAUCCAUCGGAGUCCAGCCAAAUGCAAACCUCGGACACGGAAUCGUGCGAGAUUCUGCACGAGAACCGCAACCAGAUGCAUGUGCUGGCCAUGCUGGAGAUGCACACGGCCAAGGAGCUCAAUGGCAGCCAUGCGCAUCACGGGCAGCAUCACCAGCAGCCACAGAGGACGCAUCGCCAGCGACCGCGCUCCAAGGAGCUGCAGUACAGCCACGAGAGUCUGGACGGACUGGAUGGUGCGGUGCAGUCACAGUCGCAGCAACGACACCAACGCUAUCACCACCACCAUCACCACCAACAGAGGCAGCAGCAACAGCAGCGCUACAACCAUGUGCAGGAGCAGGAGGAGCGUGACGACACCGAGGACAACCUGGCCGAUGAGGAGUUUGAGGACGACGAAGUGGGUCGCGAUGUGCGACAGAAGCGCCUACAAAAGUCCGAGCUCAAUCACAAACGAUCGGAGGUUGCAACCGAGGCUGUCAAUCACCACGAUGACGAGGCGGAGGAGGAGGAGGACGACGAUGACGAAGAUGAGGAAGACCACCGGAAUGGCGGGCGGGAGGCGGCACCGCUGACUAACGGCAGCAUGCGCGGCCUAGAGGCCAAUGUGAUAAACGACGAGCUAAAGUACGGAGCGACCCAUCACAAUCACCAGUCCAUGGACUCCAAUCCAUUGGAGAGCCAAUCGGAGUGGUCGGAUGACGAUUGUCGUGAGGAAGCAACAGGGGGAGCUGAGUCCACGGGCUACAUCACGGAUGAGCCCGGACUGGAGAACAUCUCGUUGCUGAACGAAGCUGGUCUAACCGAUGCCGAGGGCGCUCUCUCGGACGUUAACUCGCUGUAUAACGCGCCGGACGUGGACGACACUUCGGUGUCCAGUCGGGCCAGCUCCCGCCUGCUCAGCCUGGACUCGCUGAGCGGCCUCUACGAUUGCGAUCUGGACUCCAAGCAUGAGCUGGCCAUCGUCAAUGCCUCGCACAAGAUCUCCAGUAAAUUUGGGCAGCCUCCAUCGCCGGCACAGCAGCAGCAACAGCAGCAGCAACAUCAACAACAACAGCAGCAGCAGCAGCAUCCUCAGCAGACUCAAUCCCAAAUUCAGGCCCAAUCGCAUUUGGCACCGGUUCAGUUUCAGUCCGCCGAGGAGUUGAGAGAGUAAAGAUUGAAUGUUCGUGUGAAGCAGGUGGAGCGUUAAACACUCAAACGUUGUUAUUGCUAUAGGCAAAUGGUGUCUAAUAAUUUACAAUAAACCAACCUAAACUAAAGUAAACUAAAUCUAGACUAGGUGACAGAUAAACAUAUAUCGAAGUAUAUAUAUAUAUUUAUGUAUGUAUAGAAGCAGAGGCACCUAAUGCUGCUCUAAGGCACCCCUAGAUGUAAGUCCCUUUACUUUACUGUGGCUAGAUCAUGCCUAGCUGGUAUUAACUCAUAUAUAUAUAGUAUAUAUAUAGUAUAUGCAAGAAGAUCUAUAUGUAUUGAAAGUAAACACGUAGUCAUUGGUUACCCCGUCGCCAAUUGGCCCAGUUAAGCGUUCCAGUUACUAUACCGCGUGAAAAGCAAAAUGAACUUGAUAUUUAGCCGCAACUUGAUAUAUCCAAUGCUAAUCCAUGAAUCGAUCGUUUAGGCGCUUAGUUCUCCUAAGGACUUAGUUAGCGGGGGAUCGCAGUUAGGCCACCCCUGACCACUCCCAUAUGUUAUUAGUUAUUAGUGUAUGAAUAUAUAUAUAUAAAUAAAUAUGUAUAUGUACCAUUUAAAUCGAAUAAGCAAAGAUGUGGCCAUUUAUACGAAGCCACAACCAAUGCAUGACAUGUUGUAAAUAAAACAAAGUGUUAUAAAUA